UCGAAUAAUAAUAAUAAUAAUAAUCAAAAUGAUGAUAAUAAUAAAAAGAUAACCAGUCCAAAAACAAUAACAGCAACGUCGUUUAUGAAUGGCCCGAGGAAACCAGUUUUAUUGACAACCGAACCGGUAGCUAUAAAAUCGCCUACGAUACAUCAGGUACAUCAACAUCGUCAACAACAACAACAACAACAACAGCAGCAGCAGCAACAAAAAAAUCACAAGAUAAUUACUGCGGCCAAUUCAACGAAACCAAUCAUUUUUCUUAGUAAAGCCAAUCAUAAUCAUCAUUAUCAUCAUCAGAAUAAUAAUCAAAAAUCAAAUCUAUUCAGUAUAUUACAACCACAACAGCAGCAACAAAUUUAUCCAUUGAAUGGAACAACAACAACAACAACAACAUUUCGUCGUACAUCUGAAAUCAGUAUCGGUUCAUCAUCGAAUCAUAGUUGUUCAACAAAUCAAAGCACCUAUAAUGGAUCAUCAUCAUUAAUAUUGUCGAAUAAUAAUGAUUCAUCAUCAACAACAACAACAACAACCACAACAUCUUCUUCUAAUGAAUCGAUGCAAAAUUUGGCUAAAACAACAACAGCAUCAGCAUCAACAAAUCAGCAACAAAAAAGAACCGUUAUUCAGGCAUCAACAUCAGAAUUAUUACGAUGUUUAGGUGAAUUUUUAUGUCGAAAAUGUCGUAAAUUACAACCAAAUGGUUUUCAACCCGGUGAUGCUAUCGUUUGGUUACGUACUGUUGAUCGUUCAUUAUUAUUACAAGGAUGGCAGGAUAUGGCAUUCAUAAAUCCAGCAAAUGUUGUAUUUCUUUACAUGUUAUUACGUGAAAUGGUCACCGAUGAUAUUGAUAAUGAACAAGAAUUACAAGCAAUCGUAUUAUCGUGCCUAUAUUUAAGCUAUUCAUAUAUGGGUAAUGAAAUAUCGUAUCCAUUGAAACCAUUCAUUAUUGAACAUUAUGAAACACGUGAACGUUUUUGGCAACGUGCCAUUAUGAUUAUCAAUAAUCAUAGUAAUAAAAUGUUAAAAAUUAAUAGUGAACCAUCAUAUUUUACGGAAAUUUUUACUGAAUUAAAAGGUUGCCAACAGAUAUUGAUCGGUAUUGAAUAUUCACCACCAACAUCAAAACCAUUACAACAACAACAACAACAACAGCAAAGACCUGCCAUUCCAUUAAAGCCAAUUAUUAAUCAAAAUCAUUUGAAUAACAGUAAUAAUAAUAACAACAUUUCAUCCGUUUCAACAUUUGUAAAUAUUCAAAAUUCAAAUGACACUAAUAAUAACCCGAUGAUGAUAAAACAAGAUAAUAAUAAUAAUGGUACAAUAUCAGCAUCGUCAGCAUCGUCAGCAUCGUCAACAUCGUCAACAUUGUCAACAAUGGUAAACAACAACACGACGAUGGCUCAAUCAAAUAUGGUUGUUGUGCCAAAUUCAUCAACUGUGAAUAAUAAUAAUAAUACACAGCCGCCGCCGGGUGUUCCAGUCAUCAUUGCCAGUUAAAAAAAAAUUCCCAAUUCUCUCUCUCUCUU